CACAACAAUUUACCUCUGUAUUUAUAAACAAAAAAAAAAAAAAGUUUUUUUUUUUUUUUUAAAAUGGAAAGAAUUAACAGUUUUGCCCGUUGCGAUUUCAAACCAAAGAUUAACGCUACUGAUAUGAUUUUGAAUCAGUGGUAUGAAGUCAAAGGAAUACGCAAGAUCAAAACCUCGUUCGGAGAUUCACUUAUAGUGGAACUGAUCGAUUCGGUUUUAUUUUUACCAAGACGAUUGAAUGCAGUUAUAACUAAAUCAGUAAUAGACGAGCUCAUGAGCGAUAAAGGUUGUUUCAUACGGUUCAUUGGACAAAAGCAAGUGGGGACUAAUACAACACCAGCGAAUCAAUUUGAAUUUUCCAAAGGAGAGUAAAGCCGUAGUAAACUGGUAAGCAUGAAAGAAGACUUGGUAAAGACAACACAGUCACUAUUUAAAAUUUCAAAAUCUCAACAAGAAAUAGAUACUUUUUUAAAACUUAAUAAAAGGAAUGAAGUUAUAAUACUUCAAAAAUUGCAUAGUACAGACUUAUCAGUUGGAGAAAAAAGUAAAUUAGAAAACAUUUUGGCAUUACUAAAAUCAUUAAGCAAGCAAAUUAAAAGGAAACAAACUUCAGGUCAAGGUAUAGGACCUAGUACCAGUGCCAGUAACAGUACAAAUACCACUUCAAACUCGCCAUCAGUUGUCUGGAAAAUGAUAUCUUCUGCUUUUCGUUCUCGUAUACAAACAGGAGCAAUCAUAAAUUUGAAUUGUAUUGAGCUUGAUCAGUUUUUGGAAGAGUCGAGACCUCUACUCAAAACAAAAAUUAUCCAAAAUCUAAAGACACUGGGUCCUAUCAAGUUGAAUGUGAAGCUUUGCGCUACCUAUGAACUUCCUUCAACCGGAGAAGAGGAUUAUAAGUAUUUCGUUUCGUGCAACAAGGAAAUACUUAAAGUCGACUCUAUCGAUGAGAUCAUCAAACAACUUUUUGAAACUAUUCUAUCGAAAUCUGAAGAAUUUCAACAUCGAGGAUCUGGUUGGAAAUAUGUUGGUACGUCAUUCCUUUUAGUUUGUAUUAAUAAGUUUUCUCCUCUUAAUGGUGUCACAUACAUUGCUUUACCCUCUUGGCUCGAAAGCAAAGGUUUAAUUAAUAUAAAAAAUAAUGAUAAAAGAUGUUUUGUUUGGAGUAUUUUAGCUCAUUUAUAUCAUGUGGAUGUAGAUAAGGAAAAUGUGUUAUCUUAUCCUCAAUCAGUUCAUGAUAUUUUAAAUUUACGCGAUAUAGAAAUGCCAGUAAAAAUCUCAGAUAUUUCAAAAUUUGAAAAUCAAAAUCCUAAUAUUUCUAUAAAUGUUUUUGGUAUAGAUAGUUCUUCUAAGUCAAUAAUUGGACCUUUAUAUCAUACAAAACAAGUUAAGCCACACCAUAUAAAUUUACUUUAUUUUAAAAUCAGGUAA